AUGUCAGUUUAAUAAUAUAUCGGAAACGGCAAAUAUCUAAAAUAAUAUAUUCGCUAAUUAUUUGUAAUUAUUGAUCGUUGAUCUUACAGAAUGUCGAUGAUUACACCCGAAUUAUUAAAUUUUAUCAAGAAGUUGGAGGAUAAUAAUGAUAAAUUGGUUUCAUUGUCCCCUUUGGAAGAACAACCAUUGGAGUUCGAAUUCAAUAACUCUGUCUGCUCAGUCUGCAAUGGAUAUUACGGUCCAAGUUUUGGUGAACCAGUUUGUGUUACAUGUCAUGCAUUUUUGUUUCCGGAAUUUCCAUCAUAUGUGCCUUGCUCAUAUUUCUGCACAGAAAAGACUGAUGAUGGUGACUCAGGGAAUGAUGAACCAUCUGAUUUGAAUUUUACCACGGAAAAGAAGUCCAAUAGAACAUUUCCUAUACCAGCUUGGUGGAGAUACAGGACUUCAUUAGAUAGUGAAACAAGUCCUGAAGAUGAUGCUAGUAGGGCGAGUAACUCUGGCCCGAGUGGAAGUGGAAGUAGUGGGGCCGGAUCUUUGGCAGCCAGAGAUGGAAAUAAAGAUCCACUGUAUCUCUAUAUGGGGCAGGGACCACCUCCUCAGCCGCCAAACUUGUCCAGAACAUUACAGGCCUUGACUACACCAAGGCCCUCUGACAAUGUACCUCUUGGUAUCGUGGAGCAUUUGCCAUCUGAGGUGUUGCUGUGUAUAUUCCAAUACCUGGAUGACAUGUCUCUGUGUGCCUGUGCUUGCGUGUGCACACGUUGGCAAAGACUCGUUCGCGCUCGCGUGCCGUUAUCGCGUUGGGCCGCAUAUGCGGCUGCGAGGUGGCCUCUUUUCAAACCCAUUUUUACCGAUUUUGACUGGCAAAGAAAAUAUCAAUCAUUGGUGGAGUCAUGCUUCUGUCGGAAUUGCUUAGUCCAGAUGUGUGUUCAAGCGCCACCUGACGGUGAGGAGAGUGCUUGGAGACGCAAUAGACUCAGGAGCGAACUAAAAGAUAAUAAAUUACUGCGUCAGAUGUUACGUAACGACCCGCCUGAAGGUAUAGCAGCGUCUCCGCUCGACGCCAAGUGCUGCCACUGGCAGGCCAGCGUCACGGGCCCGGCUGGUUCGCCUUAUGAGGGCGGGGUGUUUUAUCUCUACGUGCAGGUGCCCUACUCAUACCCAAUGAGUCCGCCGGUGGUUCGGUUCCUGACGCGCAUCCUGCACCCCAACGUGUCGCGUCACGGGGACGUGGGCAUUGACUCUGUGCACCACAACUGGUCCCUGGCUCUCACCAUCAGCAAAGUGCUCAUAUCGAUACAGAGCUUACUCACCGACCCCUUCACUAACGUUUGUAUGGAACCAGAGUUGGGAGAGAUGUACGUGAAGGACAGACCGCGGUUCGAAGCCUUGGCUAGGAUGUGGACAUGGAAAUAUGCUAUGCUUGAUAUCUUACCAUUUUAAGUACAGCACAGUAAACUGCUGGAUAAAAUCGUAUAAGUAAUAGACUUAAGUGCAGUCGCGCAGCAUUAUGAAUGUUGGUCAUUGACCUUACUUACAAUACGCGCUCACAUCGCCUCCGUGUAAGCGAGACGGAACAGAGCUUUGUACGAAAUUUUUAAAGUUGUUUGUGAUUACAUGAAUUGGUAACUCGUGAUCGAGUGGAGCCGGAAGCAUUAGGAAUCGACCUGGUAUUUGUGCAAAAUAUUUCAUGUAAUUACAGUUUCUAAAAAUAAUUACAGUAUGCUUACGCAUAGUAUUAGUUUUGCCUCAAUUAUAAUAACGACAUAUUAUUAAUAACUUUCAAGCUGAAAUAUUAUUACUUUUAAUAACUGGUACAAUGGUGCAAAGUGUAAUCCUUGCAAAUCUGAAUACUGAUUUUAAUACACUUCUGAUAAGAAAUCAACAGAAUUUGAUAUGAAUUAAGUUUAUUUUAGCAGAAAGAUAAGCAUAGGUUCACACACAACACACUAACUGGGUGUUGCCAUAAUUUAAUUCUUAAAGAUUUAAAUUUUUGUGGCAGUCUUCAAACUUUAAGUUAAGAACAUACACUCACCUGUAAGACCACAAGAGAUUUGGAUAUUUUCAACAAAUGGAAGACAGCAGUUUUAACUUCCCAUCAGGAAUUCCCCUUUAUACAUGGUACCCUCUCAUAUAAAAAAAAAGAAAUUGCUUAGCAGUAUGGUGAUAUUUGCAGAUAGGACAAUCUCAUAUCUUUCAUGUGAAAUGAACUAUAAAAUAAUUGUCGUUGGCACAAGAAAUUACAUGAAAUGGAAGCAAAAUUGUAAAGCACAAUUAUAGACAUACGAGUUUAAGACAAUCUUUGUUUAUUCUUUCAUGUACCGUAACUAUAUAUAUUAUAAUGGUUACUUUUAAGUGUUUAAAAUAUACUUACAUUAUAAACAUGUAAUUAAAUUUAGUUUCAUAAUAAAAGUGAAAUAGUAUGCCA